UAUCUAUAUGUCCUCGUGGACUGUCAGAUAAUUAUUAUCCAAUGUGCUUACUGGUUAUUUGCUUAUCUGUUGAAUUAAAGGCUCAUACUAGAUUCGAACCAUCAAGGAUUCUGCGGCUUAGUGUCCUCUCAACUAAGAGUUUCAAAAGGGUGUUAUAAUAAUAACAAUAGCAAGUGGUAUUAUAGUGGAAUAUACAAAGAACAUCUGAAUUUUUCUUUCAUGCUGAUAUUGGAUCCCAUAGAAAGAAAUGGAAUGGGAGAAAUCAGGGAAGGAAAUCAGAAUGAAACCCUGGAAUUGGAAUUGGGUAAUAAUCAAUUCAUAAUCUUGACUAUAUUAUUAUGACUACACCGUGAGAACACAUUUACCCUUCAUCCCCCGUCUAGUACUUCAGCCGCAUCGACUAAGGCCUAUCACAGCUAUAUCUUCUUUUCCCAGUUCUUGAAUUCCAAGCAAAUGAUACGACUUUGAGAUUUAGAUGCCACUUUUUAUUCUGUCUGUUUGCACCGAUUCCAGACCAUUUGAUUUCCCCAACUAGACGUACUCUUCACAAUUUCCUUGAAGUCUGGGGACUUUACAGGAAAAAGCUUGUCUGUUUUUUUCAAAAGAAGUAUUUCCCUAUAUUCUAUGUUGGGAAAGACGCGUAAUUGCUAUUUGCCAGUUUCCCUCUUUAUGAUUUGUAGAAACUUGCAGGAUUUCCUCAAGAGUUAAAAGUUUGAUAGGUGCUGGUCAAUCUGGAGGUGGAAUAUUCCUGUGUUUAGAUUUUUUUCUUAAUUUUCCCAUUUCUUCAAGUCUUUUGCAUUAAAAUUUCUAAGUCAAUAGGCGUGUUUAACACAUAGAAAACCAUAUAUAUAUAUGCAUACUCUGUGAAGCUGUAUUGCCAAGGGACAUAGGCAUGGCUCGUGUCUCUUUGUUAGUAUUCAUUUUUCUGUGUCACCUUGGACUUCAAUCUGCUGAAAAAGAAAUGAAGCCCCAUCGAAAUUGCCCAUCUUUUCGUUGUGGGAAGCUUGGUGAGAUCAAGUUCCCCUUCACUAAUUCCAAAUUUCCUACACACUGUGGUCUGUUAAUGGUAGAAGGUUGUGAUAAUGACGUUCAGAAGAUACAGUUGGAAAAAGGAGGAAGAUGGUAUGAAAUUAUAAAUAUUUCUCAGGCCAAUGCCAUUUUUAUUCAUGACAGUAUGUUCUCAGAGCUUCUGGAUUCUCGUGAUUGUAAGGCCUUCAAAAAUCUGAGUCUACCCAACUUACCUUUUCUCUCUUUUCAAAUUACUCAAAAUCGAAGCUUGUUGGAAUGCAAGCAUAAGCUUAAAGAUCAUCCUUCCCCGUUGGAGCAUUCAGGCUGCAAUAACUCGAGUAUAUAUUAUGCUCGUGAACGAGAAAUUUUACCAAGUCUUCCACCUCAGUGUUCACUUAUUCAGCUUCCGUGGCAUCAAAAUGGAAAUCAGGACAUUUUUACGCAGUUAACUGCCAACUUCUCGCUUGAAGUGCAAGUACUUCACGAUUGUAAGAGGUGUCUUUUUAGAGAAGGAGAUUGCCAGGUGAACGGAGGGCAUAAGUUUUAUUGUGCUAAUGUAAAAGAAGGAAAUAACAAAUUCAGUUUGAAGUUAGGAUUGGGAUUAGGGGGAGGCAUUGGAGUCCUUGUCAUGAUACUGUUUCUUUUCAUUUUCAUCGGUUACCGUAGAAGAAAAUCUGAUCCCUCUAACUUCCUGUCAACGAAUUCUGACCCCUCUUCAAAAUCAGACCUAGAAGGUGGCGGAGUCUACUUUGGUGUCCCACUCUUCUCCUACACUGAGCUUGAAGAAGCCACUAGUAAUUUUGACAGCAAAAAUGAGCUUGGAGAUGGAGGUUUUGGAACAGUGUAUUACGGUAAGCUCCGAGAUGGACGAGAGGUUGCAGUCAAGCGCUUGUAUGAGAAUAAUUACAGAAGGGUUGCACAGUUCAUGAAUGAAAUUGAAAUCCUUACACGGCUACGCCACAAAAAUCUUGUCACCCUUUACGGCUGCACUUCUCGCCGGAGCCGCGACCUCCUCCUUGUAUAUGAGUACAUUCCCAAUGGUACGGUGGCUGAUCAUCUCCAUGGUGAUCGUUCAAAGUCCAGUCCACUGACAUGGCCUGUCCGAAUGAGCAUUGCAGUAGAAACAGCUAGCGCUUUGGCUUACCUACAUGCUUCAGACAUCAUACAUCGUGAUGUCAAAACGAAUAACAUUCUCCUCGACGACAACUUCUGCGUUAAAGUUGCUGAUUUUGGUCUGUCAAGGUUGUUUCCCAACGAUGUUACUCAUGUCUCAACAGCCCCACAAGGAACACCAGGCUAUGUUGAUCCUGAGUAUCAUCAAUGCUAUCAGCUUACUGAUAAGAGUGAUGUCUAUAGCUUUGGAGUUGUGUUGAUUGAGCUGAUAUCAUCAAUGCCUGCUGUUGAUAUUAACAGGCAUAGACAUGAGAUUAAUCUAGCUAACUUGGCAGUACACAAGAUUCAAAAAUGUGAAUUUGAUGAGUUGAUUGAUCCAUCUUUUGGGCAUAAGUCUGAUGCAGAAGUUAAAAGAAUGACAAUUGCGGUGGCUGAGUUAGCAUUCCGAUGUUUGCAACAGGACAAGGAAAUGAGACCCACCAUGGAUGAGGUGUUGGAGGAAUUAAAGAUAAUUGAAAGUGCAGAGUACAAGGAGAAUCAGGAGGAGAUGCAUGUCGAUGAUAAGCCAUUGAUGAAUAUGCUGCCACCACCUUCACCGCCAGAUUGCGAAGACGAUUCGCUUUUGAAAAAUAUCCGAUUGCCACCUUCACCGGAUACAGUAACUGCUAAAUGGGCUAGUAGUUUUUCUACAACACCUAAUACCAGUGGUUAGAUUUUUUCUAGAUGGAAAAAAUUGACAAAGUUGCUUUUGAUUUUACUUUCUUUUUUGUUGUUCAUAGAGAUAAAAUUGAAGGCACAGAAUCAAUAGGAAAAUUCAUAGGGGAAUGUAUAUAGUAAAUGAAGGAACUAGUUAUGCAGCAAUGUCCAUAUUCUGCAUCCCAUAUGAUGAAUCCUUACUUUUUUGC